UUUUUAAUUAAUGAAACUUCAUGUCAGAGGGACAUAAGAUGACGUCUCUUAAAUUCACAUCACCUUUUUUGGCAAAAAUUUAAAUCAAAAUUUCCGUCUCUUCAAAAUUUUAAGUUUGCAGUUAUUAAAAUUUUACACAAUAUGGAAAACAUGAAAAAAUUUUUUUUUUUAUUUAAUGUAAAUAAAUACAAUAUUUCUGGAUCAAAAAUACAAUUUUAAAUUUCUAAUAUAAAAAUUCAAAAUUAUCUACUGGAACACAAAUUAUUUUAAGGGUAAAAUAACUCCACUCAUAAGAAAAAGGAAACAAUAAAAAAAAUAAAAAUAAAAAUGGCAAGUCGAAAUCAAAGAUUAAGAUCCGGUGUUUCUGCGGAAAGAACACGUGGAAUGUGUAGACCAGGAACAACAAGAGCACAGGCUUUACGUGAGGCGAAAUCGGCUGCAAUGAUUAAUUCACGAUUGGAACCACCUGCAAUUCCUCGUCGAGUGCGAACUGGACUUGCUCGCGCUACAUCACUUGAACCAAAACGUCUUGAUUUCAGUAAACCCGGUAUGACAAAAUCUCUAAUGGCUCGUAUGCAACAUGUUCAAAAAUUAAAAGAAGCCGAGGAACAUAAACGACGUCAAGAAGAGGCAGCUGCUAACAAUAGACGUCCAAGAAGAACUGUUGCAUCUCAAGGAGGCGAUGCUCGUUUAGGAAGAGAAAAAUCAGCUCUUCAUGAAUCAGGAUUAAGAUCAGGAUCAAGGAAAAUGAUGCAAGAAGACUUUCAACAAUCUCUAAAGGAACAAAGUAGACGAACAAUACCCGGUAGUAGAUUACCUGUACCAGAUACAGGGAAACGAAGACAAUCAAUGGGCCAUCAGAGAAGUGUGGUUGCUGAUGCUGCAAAUCGUUCCAUUCAAGUUAUACAAGAAACUCUCGAUGAACAAGAUGUUGCCGAAUGUGUCGUUGUUCAAAAUAAACUUCAGGAUUUACAAAAUGCAAGAAGGGAUUUCGUUCUGGCAAUUGCCAACGUCUCAAGCAAUGCUGUAAGUUUCGCAGACGAUUUAAAUACGUCAAUUCCCCUGCCCGGAAGUCCAUUGUCAUAUCAGUCGGGUCCUCUUCCACAAGAAAAAUCACCAUCAAGAUUUAUUUAUAAAUUGCCCGAAGUAGACGAUUCUUAUUUUCACGUUGAUAUGGAUCGUCAUCAAGCAAUUAUGUCGAAUGCACGUCAAUUUCUCAAUAGACAAGAAGAAGCACAUGGACAACGUGAAGCACAAAGAAGAAUUGAUGAAGAAUUUGCUCGCGUUGCCGCUCACAUUGAUGAUGAUGAUUUUAGAUAUGAUAUUCCAUUUGAACAAGAUAUUAUGGAAGGUGACAUAUCGUUUGAAGAAGACGAUGAUGGUACAAUUUUUCCAUGUCAAUCGAGAAUUAAAGCUUCAAUGCCACCGAUUCCUCGUCGUCGUGAUGAUUAUGCUUUUUAUAAUAAUAACAAUAUUAAUAAUUACGCAACUAGUGCAGAUAAUAUUGAUGAACUUGAGAGAUUUUUUGAUACGACAAAUUAUCCAGUUGUUGCAUCAUCGCGUAAUGAACAACAAAAACGAUCACGAAGAAAUAGAGAAUAUUUACAUCCUGAUUUUGUUGAUAUUGAAGAUCCUUGGUAUCGUGAAUGUCCACCAAAUCGAGAUCUCAUUGAUUUUGAUUUAAUGGAAUUUAGUAAAUGAAUAAUAUAUAUAUAACAUUUUAAUGAAAAGAUAAAUUUAAUAUAUUAAUUAAUAGUAUAGAUUUAAUAUUAUAUAAUGUUAAAUAUUCACAUUAUAUAUAUAUAUAUAUGAUAUACUAUAAAUUAAUGUUUAAAAAGAUAUAAUUUUUCAACACAUUUUUGUAAGUAUUUAUUUUUGAAUUGUUUACCUUAUUUUUCUUCUUUUUUAUUUUUGAAAAUCUAUUGUGAAAUUCUUAUCAGUCUGAAUGUACAUAUAAUUAUCAAA